AUGUCGGAAAAGUCAGGCCAGAGUACAAAAGCAAAGGAUGGGAAAACGAAGUAUGCAACACUCAGUCUGUUUAAUACUUACAAGGGAAAGUCACUGGAAACUCAGAAAACCACAGUUGCCGCACGCCAUGGAUUGCAGAGUCUUGGAAAAGUUGCUAUUUCAAGGAGGAUGCCUCCCCCAGCAAACCUUCCCAGUCUGAAAGCAGAGAACAAAGGCAAUGACCCCAACGUCAACAUUGUGCCUAAAGAUGGCACAGGAUGGGCUUCAAAACAAGAACAGCACGAAGAAGAAAAACAGCCAGAUGUGCCGCAGACGCAGCCAAAACCUGCUGUUCCUGCUCCUCCAGAAGCAGCUCCUGUUGCCAAAUCAUGGGCCAACACCAAACCAGGUGGACAAGAUGCUAUCCAAGUAAAUAGUUAUUUCCAGCAAGAGUUUCCCAGUCUGCCGGCAGCUGGGGAUCAGGAAAAAUCAGGCAAAGAGAAAGAUGCAUCUGAAGAGUCCCAUGGAUCAGGACCCAGCUUGAGACCACAAAAUGCUACUAGUUGGAGAGAAGGUGGCAAUAAGAACAACUCGCCCAAUUCUCCAACUGAUCAAGAAGCUAAGGCUCUUGGGCAAGAAGAUGGUAAUGUUACACCAGCAGAACAGAGUGAUGGCCAGAAGGCAGCAGAGAAGAGGGAUGUGCGGUUACCACAGGUCCCUCAGCCCAAGCUGAAUGGCCAGCAGCAACCACCUAUCUCAUCUCAGUACAGAGCAAUGAUGCCACCUUAUAUGUUCAAUCAGUAUCCUCGAAUGGCAUAUCCUCCUUCCAUGCAAGGUCCAACAAGGUUUCCCAAUUCUGAGCCUAGCAGAGGGCCAAGGGGAAGAGGACCACCUUCGUGGUGUUCAGAACCUAUUGAACGCCCAUCCAUUCUUAGUGCUAGUGAACUUAAAGAACUUGAUAAAUUUGACAAUCUGGAUGCCGAGGCUGAUGAAGGCUGGGCAGGUGCCCAGAGUGAAGUGGAUUACACUGAGCAGUUGAACUUCAGUGAUGAUGAUGAGCAAGGAAGUAGUCAAAAAGAAAAGGAAAGUGGUGAUGAACAAACACCGUCAAAAGAUUCCCAGACUCCUGAUGGACAGAAGGAAGCAGAAGAACAGACAAGUGCUAAGUCUGCCACUCAGAUUUCCACAGCAGCAGCCAAAGGGACUUAUGGCAAAAGCUCUCAGCUUGAUCAGGAUCGAGGCCCAGCACAGCCUUCUGUACAUGAAAGAGGUGGUCCUGCUCUUCAUCCAAAAUCUAUCCUGCCACCGCACCCUCCUCCCCCUGAUCGCCAGGUAGGACCUGGAAGGCAGGGACCCUUUCCCCCUAAGCCAGUACCAGAUGAAGAUGAAAUCUGGAAACAGAGGAGAAGACAGCAGUCAGAGAUAUCUGCCGCAGUUGAGCGAGCCCGUAAGCGGCGAGAAGAGGAAGAAAGAAGAAUGGAAGAACAGCGAAAAGCCGCUUGUGCUGAAAAGCUUAAACGGUUAAAUGAGAAAUUCGGCUGUGUGACAAAACCCUCUCGGGAAGACCCUCUGAAAGAGAGAGAGAGGGAAAGGGAGAGGGAAAAGGGAAGGUGAAAGGGGAGGGGAAAGGGAGAGAAAGAGAGGGAGAGGGAAAAGGGAAGGUGAAAGGGGAGGGGAAAGGGAGAGAAAGAGAGGGAGAGGGAAAAGGAGAGGGAGCGGGAGAGAGAGCGGGAAAGAGAAAAAGAGAGGGAGAAGGAAAAGGAAAAAGAGAGGGAGAGGGAGAAGGAGAAGGAAAAGGAAAAAGAAGAAAAAGAAAAACUGGAGAAGGCAAAAGAGCAAGAGAGGGAGACAGAGGAAGAAAAAGAGAUGGAGAAAGAAGAGAAGGAGAGUGAGAAAGAGAAGGAAGAGGAUAAACCAGCACCGGAGGUUCCUGAGCCUGUAGAACCUGUGGCAACACCUGUAGUAGAAAAACAAGAAAGUGAAACAAGGAGUAACAAGGAAGAAAAAGCAGUCUUUACCCGACAAGAUACUGGUCGGAAUGAGAAAGACACUUCACAGGUGACUCAUGAGAGUGAGCCAGAUGCAGGAUCUCAGCCUCGUCCUGCUGUUUCCUCAGGCUAUUCUAAGCAGUUCCAGAAAUCGUUACCACCCAGAUUUCAGAGGCAGCAGGAGCAAAUGAAACAGCAGCAGUGGCAGCAACAACAGCAAGGUGUCCUUCCACAGUCUGCUCCCUCACAGCCUUCUAGUGGCCCUGUCCCACCUCCCCAGCACAGACCCCUUUACCAGCCCAUGCAGCCACAUCCUCAGCAUUUAGCUUCAAUGGGAUUUGAUCCACGGUGGCUCAUGAUGCAGUCUUACAUGGACCCACGAAUGAUGUCAGGAAGACCUGCAAUGGAUAUGCCUCCUAUUCAUCCAGGAAUUAUGCCUCCCAAACCACUGAUGAGAAGAGACCAGAUAGAGGGAUCAGCCGCUAGCUCGGAUUCAUUUGAACAUAUAGCUCGCUCAGCAAGAGAACACACUGUUCCUUUGUCAGAGCCCCGCAUGAUGUGGGGGUCAGACCCGUACCCCCAUGCAGAACCUCAGCAGUCUACUUCUCCUCCCAAAGUGUUAGAAGAGCCUGACAACUUGAGGUCUGAGGCACACUUGGAGCAAGAACGAGUUGCUGUCCCUGCCACUGCUUAUCCUGUAGAACAUAACCAGUUGGACUCUCAUCCAAAGACAGACUUUUUCAGAGAUUCAGGGGAGGUGGAGGUACAAAAGUUCCCAAGCAGGCCUUUGGAAGAUGUACAACCUCUCCAGACUGACACAUCUAACACUGCAGUUAAUUUUGAAGGAGUGAAUGAGAAAGUUACACGUAGCUCUCCAGAAGAAUUGGUGCCUGUGGGGGAGAGUCACUCUUCACUAAAGAGAAGCAUUUCCCAUGGUUCAAGUCACUCAGUAAAGUCAGAAGACCAGAGGAAUGAGACAGCAACAAAUAUCCCUAAAUUAAAUAACAGAUCUGUUGAGACAAAGGAGACUAUUGAGAGACUUGAGAUUAAGCCAAAAAAAGAAAUUUUUAUCAGUAACAGAACAUCAGAAGGACCAAAACCUGAAAAAACUUUUAAACCUAAGUCUGAAACAAGAUGGGGUCCUAGGCCUGGUUAUGGCAGGAGAGACGAAGGUGGUGAUAGACCAGUGAGAAGAUCGGGUCCUAUUAAAAAGCCUGUGCUUAGAGAUAUGAAGGAAGAGCGUGAGCAGAGGAAGGAGAAAGAAGGAGAGAAGGCAGCUAGCGAAAAACCUACCAAGUCUGAAAAAGGUGACAAGAAGGAAGCACCUCAAGUGCCACUGCCUCAGGCUGAGCCAGAGACAUCUCCCUCCAGCAGCGCUCCUCUGGCUAAGAAGACAACCCAGGAUGCUGCUCCAGCACCAGCAAGCCAGGAGAGCAGUCAAACUGAGACUGCAGCUAAAGCUCCGGUUCAGCCACCCACACCUCCAGUCCAGCAUCACCUACCUGCUGCCCAGCCUGCUGCUCCACAGCUUCCCCCUGCAGUGCAGCAGCCGCCCCCUGCUCAACCAGCAGCACAGCAGCAGCCAGCUACUGCAGUGAAGGAAGAAAAGCAGACUGAGAAGGUAGUUAGCAAGGAGGUUGUGGAGAAACCACGCUUAGAAACCCGACCAGUAAAAAGAGAACCUGGCUUACCACCUAGGACGUACUGGAAAGAGGCUAGAGAUAGAGACUGGUUCCCAGAUCAGGGAUACAGAGGCAGAGGUCGUGGGGAGUAUUAUUCUAGAGGUCGUAGCUAUAGAGGUUCCUACGGAGGACGUGGUCGGGGCAGUAGAGGCCACAAUAGAGAGUACCCACACUACAGAGAUCCUAAGCCUAGAUCAGACCAUGUGCCUUCAGGGCCUGUUAGACAAAGAGAAGAGAGUGAAACUCGUAGCGAGAGUUCUGACUUUGAAGUAAUCCCAAAACGGCGGCGACAGCAUGGUUCAGAGACUGAUUCUGACAGUGAAGUUCAUGAAAGCGCAAGUGACACACUACUUUCAGACAAAGACAGCCUAAUCAAAGGCAAGCACCCAAAAAGAGAAGAGAGAGUUGAUGGCAAGAAGCCUCCAAAGCCCCUGUCGUUCAAACCUGAAAACAGCAUCAGAGUAGACAACAGAUCCCUAGAAAAAACAUAUGUAAGAGAUGAUGAGAACAAACCCAAACCAGGAUUUCUUCCUAAAGGAGAGCCUUCUAGACGAGGCAGAGGGGGAAUGUAUAGACGUGGUGGCAGGGAUCCAGCUGGGCGUCCUCCUCGUCCAUCUACAAUAAGGAGGCCAGCCUACAGAGAGAAUCAGUGGAAUCCUAGGCAAACGGAGAUCAUUAAACCAGAAGAUGGGGAGCCUCCAAGAAGAAAUGAACAUUAUGGUCCUAUUCCAGUUGAUAAAAGACCUCCAAAAUUUGAGAGAAAGUUUGAUCCAAAUAGAGAGAGGCCACGUAGACAGAGGCCUGCUCGACCUCCAAGGCAAGAUAAGCCACCACGCUUCAGGCGCCUAAAAGAAAGAGAGGCUGCAUCAAAGAUAAACGAGGCAGUAACCAGCCCAACAGCAAGUGCUACUGUUAGUAAUGCAGCUAAUGAGCCCUCCAACACUGCUCUGGAUGUGUCAGGAAGUAAGACACCAGACUUGUCCAACCAGAAUUCUUCAGAUCAGGCAAAUGAAGAGUGGGAAACAGCCUCAGAAAGCAGCGACUUCAAUGAGAGGCGGGAAAGGGAUGAGAAGAAAACGGCAGAUGUGGCAGCACAGGUGGCUGCAAAGACAGGAGAAAACACUGGAGCACCAAAAAGGGAAAUAGCCAAGAGAAGCUUUUCUAGUCAGCGGCCUGGAAUAGACCGCCAAAACCGACGUGGCAACAACGGGCCAGCUAAACCAGGGAGGAACUUCUCAGGGCCUAGGAGUGAAAGGCGGAGUGGUCCUCCACCCAGAAGUGGAAAAAGAGGGCCAUUUGAAGAGCAGACAGCAACUGUUCCAGGUGUCGAUCCUACCAACAGCAACUCUUCACAUCAGGAGGAUGGAAGUGUUACCGCUGCGGGGCAAAAGAGCACCAAGGAUGCGAGUGGCAAAAAGAGAGAAGAACCUAAGGCUGGUCCAAAGAAGCCUAAGGAAAAAGUGGAUGCCUUAUCUCAAUUUGAUCUUAAUAAUUACGCAAGUGUUGUGAUCAUUGAUGAUCACCCUGAAGUGACAGUAGUUGAAGACUCCCAAUCUAACUUGAAUGAUGAUGGUUUCACAGAAGUGGUGUCUAAGAAGCAGCAAAAACGCUUGCAAGAUGAAGAGCGCAGAAAGAAGGAAGAACAAACGGUGCAGGUUUGGACCAAAAAAGGAUCAAGCGAAAAAGGCCGAGGUCAAAGUUCCAAGCUCCCACCCAGAUUUGCCAAAAAGCAGCAGCAGCAGCAGGCAGCAGCCGCAGCUGCACAGCAGGCUCAAGCUCAGGCGCAGCCUCCGUGUACAGCUCAGACUCCAGGUCAGCCGCAGACUUCUGUUCAGCCACAGAACCAGGCUUCAGGAGGGGCAGCCAGCACGGAAUACACAGUGGCAGGCAAAGUUCUGCAGAACACCCAGGCUCACAACGGUCUAGGAGCUGAAUUAUGGGAAAACAAGGUGCCUCCUACAGCAGUUCUAAAUGACAUCUCCAAAAAAUUGGGACCCAUUAGCCCACCUCAGCCACCUUCAGUCAGUGCUUGGAACAAGCCUUUGACAUCUUUUGGUUCCAGUACAUCUCCAGAGGGCGCAAAGCCUGGGCAGGAAGGUGGAGUUGAUCUUGGUAUAGAAACUAUUCAGUUUGGAGCCCCAGCUUCCAGUGGUAGUGACAAUGAAGUUGGCCCCGUGCUUUCCGAGAAGUCCACUGACAAGCUACCAGAACCUAAAGAGCAAAGACAGAAACAACCUCGGGCUGGACCCAUCAAGGCACAAAAGCUUCCAGACUUGAGUCCAGUAGAAAACAAAGAGUAUAAACCUGGUCCUAUUGGGAAAGAACGUUCUUUAAAGAACAGGAAGGUGAAGGAUGCCCAACAGGGAGAGCCUGAGGGACAGGAGAAGACAUCUCCCACCUCUGUCAGAAGUCCAGAACCUGUCACUACAAAAGAAACCAAAGCAGCAAGUGAACUGAGCACGGAAAUAGGAACGAUGAUUUCUGUGUCUGCUCCAGAGUUUGGAACAAACACGAAGGAGUCUGUAACAGACUACACUACACCUUCUUCUCAUCCUAACACAGUGGCUACUAGCACUACAAAAAUGGAGGAGACUUUGGUGACGAACGUGCCCCUGCCCCACACCCUUCCCCUCCCUAGGAGGGAGACUCUACAACAGAGCUCCAGCCUAACUCCAGUUUCUCCCGCUACCGUCGACCUCACCCUCAAGAUGGAGUCUGCACGCAAAGCGUGGGAGAAUUCCCCAACCAUGGGGGAGAAGAGUUCACCAGUGACCUCAACUGCAUCUCCCAUUGCUGGUGGCAGCAGCAGCAGCAGCAGCACUGGGCCAAGCAGUGGUACUUACAGCUCUUUCUCUAGUGCAUCAAUGCCUCCUAUUCCUGUGGCCUCCGUUACACCGACAACUUCGCUAUCAGGAGCUGGAACAUACACAACUUCCUCACUGAGUACGAAGACUGCAAGCACCACCGACCCUCCUAAUAUAUGUAAAGUGAAACCACAGCAGUUGCAGACAAGCAGCCUAGCUUCUGCCAGUCAUUUUUCCCAGCUGAGCUGCAUGCCAUCCCUCAUUGCCCAGCAACAGCAAAGUCCCCAGGUCUAUGUGUCUCAGUCUGCAGCAGCUCAAAUCCCAGCAUUUUAUAUGGAUACAAGUCAUCUGUUCAAUACCCAACAUGCACGUUUGGCACCACCUUCUCUGGCCCAACAGCAAGGCUUUCAACCAGGGCUUUCUCAGCCUGCUUCAGUUCAGCAGAUCCCUAUCCCCAUCUAUGCACCUUUGCAAGGACAGCAUCAAGCCCAGCUAAGUUUAGGAGCAGCACCACCUGUUUCACAAGCUCAAGAGUUGUUCAACUCCUCUUUACAACCUUAUAGAUCCCAGCAAGCUUUUAUGCAGAGUGGUUUGUCUCAGCCAUCACCAGUCGUUCUGUCUGGUACAGCCUUGCACAACUUCCCAGCCGUACAACACCAGGAGCUUGCAAAGGCACAGUCAAGCCUGGCAUUCCAGCAGACUUCUAAUACACAGCCUAUUCCUAUAUUAUACGAACAUCAACUUGGUCAAGCUUCAGGUCUGGGAGGCUCUCAGCUUAUUGAUACACACAUUCUCCAGGCCAGAGCUACACUCACUCAGGCUUCAAAUCUAUACUCUGGGCAAGUUCAACAGCCUGGCCAGAGCAAUUUCUACAACACUGCACAGUCUCCCAGUGCUCUCCAGCAGGUGACAGUACCUUUGCCAGGAUCACAAAUUUCUUUGCCCAACUUUGGAUCCACAGCACAGCCACUUAUUGCCCUGCCCCAGUCUUUGCAACCACCACUACAGCACACACCACCGCAAGCGCCGGCUCAAAAUCUAAGCAGACCUGCACAAGUAACCCAGCCUUUCCGAGGGUUAAUCCCAGCAGGCACUCAGCACAGCAUGAUUGCUGCAACUGGAAAGAUAUCAGAAAUGGACUUGAAGGCCUUCGGAGGCGGCAUUGAUGUUAAACCUGGAACGCCGCCCGUUACUGGUAGAAGUACUACUCCAACCUCCAGUCCUUUCCGGGCCAGUUCUACAAGUCCAAACAAUCAGUCCAAUAAAAUGAACAGCAUCGUCUACCAGAAGCAGUUUCAGUCAGCAGCUGCUGCUGUGAGAAUGACGCAGCCAUUUCCAGCACAAUUUGCACCACAGGCAAAGCAAAGAGCAGAGGUCCUUCAGUCCACCCAGAGGUUCUUUUCUGAGCAGCAGCAGCAGCAGAGCAAACCCAUAGGAGGCAAAGCUCAGAAAGUAGAGGAGAACGGCGGGAGCAAACCCACCGAGGCGAUUGCCGACUCCUCAGGAGUCUGCCCGGACAAAACCGAGGAGAAACCGACCCCCGCGCCUGCUGCAGCCACAAAACCUGUUAGAACUGGACCAAUCAAACCUCAGGCAAUCAAAACUGAAGAAACAAAGUCUUAG